CUCAUACUUAGAAGAUUUUGGGGCUUUGGCCAGCGCGAACGUAACAGCGCCAGUGACAGUGACAGUGCCGCAGAGCCCAGCAACAUGCGCGCGAGCCGCCUCAGCGCGGCGCUGGUCGCCGUCCUUCUCGUCGGCGCCAUCCAAUCGGAACUCCCUAAAGAAUCAGCAAGCAAAAAACGAAUUGCUCGAAAAGUGCUGGUGAAGCGCACCUUAGUGCCGAAGAGUGCGCGCUCCCUCGCGGCCGGCGCCGGCAGCCCCGACCCGCUGGCCGACGCGCGCCCCGACCCGGACAGCGCCCGCCACAUGCGCAGUGCAGCUGGUACACCUAGUAACGUUUUGGGCCCAUUGAAAAUUAAGUCUUUAUUUUUCGAGCGUCUAGCACGGUCUGAUUCGAUCGAGCGGCAGAGAUACGAAUCUAAUCAAAUUGGAGAUACUAAUCCUCAAGGACCACUGAAAUUCACGAAUUUUGUCAUCGCGCCGGUGAAGCUGCCCGCGCCCCCGCCGCCCCCGCCGUCCCCGCCGCCGCCCGCGCCCGGGCUCUCUCCAGAAUACCAUCAACUUCUAAUGAAGAUCCAGGAAGUAUUUCCUGGAUUUAAGUCUGUUGGAACUGAUGGAAACAUGUUGCCGAUAAUCAUAUUGCCCGUGCCGGUCUCAAGCAAGGAAGACCCCUACAGCUCGCGCCAGCAGCAGCUGAAGUACCUGCCCUCCUCGCCCGCGCCCCCCGCGCCCUACACGCCCCCCGCGCCCUUCACGCCCCGCCCGCCGCCGCCCCAACCACCCGCACCCACUUACGAUCCACUCGUGCCACCACCUCCUUCAUAUUCGCAACAGCCGCACCUGUCGCCACAACCACUGUCGCCCACUUACUCACCACUGCCGCCACCUCCACCAUUUUCACCCCGCUCGCACCCUCCACAACAGCCCCCCCUACAGCCCCAAUUACCGGCACCCACGUAUUCACCACUGCCGCCACCUCCACCAUUUACACCCCGGUCGCAGCCUCCACAACAGCCCCAAUCACCAGCACCCGCCUAUCAGUCCCUGCCGCCACCGCCGCCGUUUUCCCCUCGCCCGCAGCCUCCGGCACAACCCCUGGCGCCCAGCUAUCAGUCCCCACCACCAAACUUGUCCCGACCACACGUGCCCCCGCCGCCCCCCUUCCAUCACCAGAACGCGGCACCGCAGCCUGAGCAAAAUGAUCCGACUCCGUUUACAAUGCCCCUGAAGACUCUUGUUGAGCACUUCCGCGCUCAGACACCCCAGCUGCCAGAGCAGCCCGCCAUCGUGACCCGGCACCUGCGCGAGGCGCCGCCCGCGCCGCCCCGGCCCGCCGCCGCGCCGCUGCCGGGCGCGCCGCCCGCGCCGCCCGCGCCGCCGCGCUUCGAGCGCCCCUUGAUGCUGCGCGGCAAGCUCACCGUCUACCGAGCCGGCUUCUCUGACAACUACGUUGUCUGGUGGGACCCGGCCAGCGGCUCCGCCACCACGCUGCUCAACCAGGGCGCGGCCGCCGCGCACCGCGUCGUGGACCGCGGCCAGGUCCUGAGGGUGACGACUUUAACCGACCGAAGUCAAGGAAGCGAGAUUCGUCGAUGCUUCGUGCGCCAGAGCAGCCUCUCCCCCGAAGACUUGCGUAUGCCAGUUCUACCGGACACGAAGGACUUCUAUUUUCAUGGAUAUGUGCAGUACGGCGACAAGAAGGCGGAGAGCUGGAGGUUCGAGCUGCACGGGCAGGCCGGGCACUACGGCGCCGCGCCGCGCGAGGCGCUCACCUUCCGCCACGAGCUGCUGCUGCAGCGCGCCGCCGCGCCGCUGCCCCUCGAGUACUCGGUGACGGUGGACAGCUCGCUGCUGGGGCCCGCCGCGGACUCGUACGUGCACCGCUACCUCGAGGCGCGCGAGGAGCAGCUCGACCACGCCACGAACAUGACCAUGAGCAGUUCAGAGAGCAUGUGCGACACCACGGAGGAGAUGGAGGAGGGCGCGGAGCUGGACGAGCCGCUGCGCGAGUACACGCUGCUGGCCCGCGACCCGCGCCACGCCGGCGCCGCCCGGGAAUUCAUCGGCCAAUAUAAUCGGGAGUACGCCAACGCUGAGGAGGAGGCCGUGCGCUACAACGUGCUGAUGCAGUCGCGCCGCUACGUGUCGUCCGCCAACCGCCUCGGGGCCACCUUCAAGACGGGCGUCAACAACCUCUCCGACAGGCUGGACGUGGAGCGCGAGCAGCUGACGGGCGCGCGCGCGGGCGGCGCGGGCGCGGACGAGGCGCAGCGCUUCCCCUACUCCGACGCCGAGGUGCUGGACAAGGCGCGCCAGCUGCCCGUCGCCCUGGACUGGAACGAGCUUGGCUACGUGUCGCCUGUUCGAACGCAAAUGAACUGCCAGUGCUGCUGGGCGCUGUCGACGACGGACGCGGUGGAGACGGCGCUGGCGCGGCGCGCGGGCGCGCUGCGGCGCCUCAACCCGCAGGCCAUCGUGGACUGCGGCGCGCGGUAUGGCGGGAAUGGCUGCGAACCCACGUGGCCCGUAGCCGCGUACACGUACAUGCAGCGCGAGGGCGUGCCCUACGAGGAGGACUACCCGCCCUUCGCCGACAUGGAGCUGACCUGCAGGCGCUCGGCGGCGCCCGGCGUGCGCAUCCGCGGCCACGCCAACGUCACCGCGCUCAACGUCGACGCUCUUAAGUUGGCGAUCCACGACUACGGGCCGGCCGUGAUCAUGUACGACGCUGGAGCGUAUUCCUUCAUAUUUUACAAAGAGGGCGUCUAUUCCGACGAAAGAUGUGGGAAUGAUCCUGCGCGACGGCGGUACAACCACGCCAGCUUGGCGGUGGGCUUCAACAGCGACGCGCGCGGGGAGCCGUACUUCAUCGUGAAGAACUCGUGGGGCGCGCACCUGCAGGACCGCGGCUACGUGCGCAUGGCCGCCGCGCCCAACACCUGCCGCAUGCUCGACCGGCCCAGCAUCCCGCUGCUAUAGGCCUCCGCCCUCCGCCCUCCGUGUGCCGAGGGCGCAGUGACUUGUUA